AUGACUACAAUUCAAACUAUCAGCGCUAAAGAUAUAUCUAAGAUCACUUCUGGUCAAGUAAUUAUAGAUCUAAGGUCGAUAGUCAAGGAAUUAAUUGAAAAUGCAAUUGACGCUAAUGCAACACGAAUAGUUAUAAAUUUCAUUAAUUAUGGAGUUGAUCUAAUCGGAGUACUGGAUAAUGGGAAAGGUAUAAAUAAAGAAGAUUUUGCUACUGUUUGUUUGAGAAGUCAUACUUCAAAGAUUAAUGAAUUUGAAGAUUUAUCAACUUUAACUACUUUGGGGUUUAGAGGUGAAGCAUUAAAUUCAAUAUGUGCAUUAUCUAAUAAAGUCACAAUCACUACUCAAACAUUAGAGACAUAUCCUAAAAAUUAUACAUUAAAUUAUGAUCAACUUGGCCAAUUAAUAAAAGAAACUUCUAAAAUUGGUGGAAUGAGUAACAAAUCAGGAACGUCGAUAACAGUUGAAGAAUUAUUCAAGUGUUUACCAGUUAGAUGGAAGAAUUUUGUGAAAACUUCAAAAAGAGAAUUUCAUAAGACUAUAAAUUUUAUAAUAAACUAUUUAAUUAUCUAUCCAAAUAUCAAAUUUGAAGUUACAAAUAAUAAUAAUGGAAAAAAGCAACUUGUUUUAUCUUCCAAAGGUGGUGAAAAUAACACAAUUACUGAAACAUUAAUAUCAAUUUUUGGAAGUAAUGGAAAUACAAAUUUACUUGAUCUAGAUUUGAAAAUUAAUGAAGAUAUGACUUUAAGUGGACAUAUUUCAUCUUAUUCUUUUGGUCUUGGAAGAUCGACACCUGAUAGACAAUUUUUAUACAUAAACAAGAGACCUAUUAAUUUUAAAAAAUUAUCCAUGUUAAUAAAUGAGGUUUAUAAGUCUUUCAAUCAUGUUCAAUUCCCAGUAUAUGUUAUAAAUAUAGAUAUCAACCCUGAAUUGAUUGAUGUUAAUUUAAUACCAGAUAAAACAAAUAUCUUAAUUCAUAGAGAAGAUCAGGUAUUGGAAUUGAUAAGAGAAAAAUUGGUUGAAUUUUAUGAUACACGAGAUAACGUAAUUAUACCUAAAAGUACUAGAAGUCUGGUUUCUGAGAGUUUGAAAAUAAUCGAUGGAGAUGAAGAAGGGGAAGAGAGUAAAGAAGAAGAGAAAGAGGAAGAAAGAUUGACGGAAAAACUACAAAGUAGCCUAUCGAAAUAUAUACAGAAGGAUUUAACUAUCAAAAAUGAGGAGGAUCUAGUUGGUUCUCAAACUUUGAUAGAAGAAGACGAUUCCGAGAGUAAUGCUGGAAUGAAAGAUAGGGAGAUUGUUAAUGAAAUGGAAGAGAAAGAACCGAAAGUAUCAGACGAUCAAAAUGCGGAGGAAACAGAAUUGUCUCAAAAGGAUGAAACUACUGAAACAGAAAAGAAUAAAACAUUAUUUGUAGAGGACGACGAGGACGACGAGGUAGAAGUUGAUGAACACGAAAAUUCAGGUGACUUCAAAACAAUCGAUAAUUCAGGAAAAGUUGAAACAAACAUUAUUGAAGACAUGAAUAAAUCAACACAACCAAUCGAAGAUGAAGUAGUUGAAAAUUCCUAUAUUGAAAAUGAAUCUUCACUGCCACAAACACAAGACUUUUCAGAUCCUAUAAAUCAGAAUGGCUCCACUCAAUCGAAUAUUUACAAUACUGACAACACAGAAGAUGAACCUUUUAUCAAAUCACAAUCAAUAUCAUCUUUUAAAUAUGAUGAGGAAGAAGAUAUUCUAGAAUCAAAUAACAUAAAAGAUCAGCAUGGAGUGAACUUUUUCCCAGUUAUAGAAACAAUGGAAGAUGAACCAAUAAAAAUGAUAAUUGAUGAUGAAGAAUUUGAAGAAAGACCUACAAAAAGAUUUAAACGUGAUAUUAAUUUGUUUAGUAAAAAAAUUAUUGAAUCAUCUGAAAAUAUCUUAUCAAAUUUAACAACUAUAAAACAAUAUGAUCAAACAUUUGAAAAUUCACAAGAAACAAGUGUAAAUAAAAAUCUUGAAGAUAAAGAAAUUUAUCAUAUAUCAAAAUCUGAUUUUUUACAAAUGAAACUUAUUGGACAAUUUAAUUUAGGUUUUAUAUUAGUAAGUUAUAAUUCAAAUUUAUUUAUAAUUGAUCAACAUGCAUCAGAUGAAAAAUAUAAUUUUGAAAAAUUAAUUCAAAAUUAUUCUAUAAAUUUUCAACCAUUAAUUAAACCACAAAUUUUAGAAUUAAAUAUAAUUGAUGAAAUGUUAGUACAAGAUCAUGAAUUUAUAUUUUUAAAUAAUGGAUUUAAAAUUAAAAUUAAUAAUGAUUUAAAACCAGGAUCAAAAAUUUCAUUAAUCUCAUUACCAGUUUAUAAAAAUAUAAUGUUUGAUAUAAAUGAUUUUUAUGAAUUAAUUACUUUAAUUAAUGAACAACCAAGUAAUAAAAAUAUAAAAUGUUCUAAAAUUAGAAAAAUUUUAGCAAUGAAAGCCUGCAGAAGUAGUAUAAUGAUUGGAUCAUCAUUAAGAAGAGAUAAAAUGAAAGAAAUCAUUGGAAAUUUGAGUAAAUUAGAUAAACCUUGGAAUUGUCCUCAUGGUAGACCUACUAUGAGACAUUUAAUAGAAUCUAAUAAUUGGCUGAGUAAGUAUACGGAUUACUGUAUUUAA